AAUUACGUUAAUAUUAACUCACCUCUUUUAUGGGAAUGUGAAAAUAGUCAUCAGUUUCUCCUUUCUCUUUCAAAUGUCAAAAAUGGAAAAAAUUGGUGUCGUGAGUGUAUGAAACUUGAACUUGAAUUUGCCCAGAAUUUUGCAAAUAAAAGGGGUGGGACAUGUCUUUCUAGUUCUUAUCAUAACAGACGUACUCCGCUAUCUUGGAAAUGUUCUAAAGGACAUUCAUGGUUUGCUCGAAUUGAUAGUAUUCAAAGAGGGACUUGGUGCCCACAUUGUGUAGGUAAGUCUGAGAAACUUGACAUUGAAUAUGCGAAAGAAUUAGCACGUAGCAGAAAUGGAGAGUGUUUAUCCAAUGUUUACAUCAAUUAUACAACGCAUUUACACUGGAGAUGUUCCAAAUCACAUGAAUGGCUUGCUUCCCUCAAUGGUAUUAAGAACAAGAACUAUUGGUGUCCAUAUUGCGCUAGCACAAAACUUGAUAUUUUGGUAGCCAAAGCUAUUGCAUAUAGUCGAGGAGGGGAAUGCUUAACGGAUUCUUAUACCAAUUGCAAAAGCCAGUUACUCUGGAGAUGCAAUAAAAACCAUCAAUG